CGUUCUGGUUUGUGAGGCAGUUACCUAUGCGCUUAGAGAUUAAAAGUUUAUCAUCUUAUCGCUCGGAAAGAGUGAAAAGUGUAGAAUUCCAUCCUAAAGAACCAUGGUUGCUUUGUAGCCUCUAUAAUGGUUCAGUCCAUAUAUGGAAUUGCGAGAGUCAAUCGUUAGUUGUUACUUUCGAAGUAUGCUUGGCGCCAGUACGUUGUGCUAGAUUUAUUGCAAGAAAAAAUUGGGUCGUGACAGGAACUGAUGACGCUAUGAUUAGGGUUUUUAACUAUCAUAAUAAAGAAAAAGUUGUCUCGUUGGAGGCACACUCGGAUUACGUACGUGCGAUUAGUGUCCAUCCGACUCACCCAUAUAUACUCAGUUCCAGUGAUGAUUACACUAUUCGUAUGUUUGACUGGGAGAAUAACUGGAAAGUUAGACAGAUUUUUGAAGGGCAUUCUCAUUUUGUAAUGUCGGUAGUUUUCAGUCCCAGCGACUCCAAUACAUUUGCCAGCGCUGCUCUGGAUAAUACUAUACGUUUUUGGCAACUUGGUUCUGCAGUACCAAAUUUCACUCUUGAAGGGCACCGUGGCGGUGUUAACUGUAUUGGAUUCUAUCAAGGACCAGAGAAGCCCUAUCUAGUGUCUGGCGCUGACGACCGUACUGUCAAAGUUUGGGACUACCAAACCAAAACCUGUCUUCAGACGCUCAUUGGCCAUUCAGACAACGUGACUGCCAUUUGCUUUCAUCCGACUCUACCAAUCAUCUUGUCCGGUUCAGAAGAUGAGUGUGUCCCACUAUAUCUGUUUAAAAUUUUUUCUGAUAGCACCAUAAGAAUAUGGCACUCGAGUACUUACCGCUUGGAAAACACCCUUAAUUACGGGCUUGGCCGCGUCUGGGCGCUUGCCUUAUUAACCAGUGCUAAUCACGUGGCCGCAGGAUGCGAGCACGGAAGUAUUGUCAUUAAACUCGGAGACGAGGAUCCGCCAAUGAGCAUGGAUUGCAUGGGCAAACUCGUGUGGGCUAAACAUAAUGAAAUCCAACAGACCAAUGUGAAGACCGCAAUGGAUGGCGAAGUUGUGGAUGGCGAGCCGCUGGUUUUGGCGACUAAAGAUUUGGGAAGCUGUGAAAUCUAUCCAAACGUUUUGCAGCACAGCCCUAACGGAAGAUUCAUUGUUGUGUGCGGCGACGGAGAAUAUAUAAUAUAUACUGCAUUGGCCUGGAGAAAUAAAAGCUACGGCUCCUCCUUGGAAUUUGUUUGGGCUGUCGAGUCCGGCUAUUUCGCAAUACGUGAGAGCUCUACACGUGUCACGAUAUAUAAAAACUUUAAAGAAAAGCGUGCUGUUCCGUUAGACUUUAGUGCGGAAGGUCUCUUCGGCGGGCGACUUCUUGGAGUUCGUUCUUCCGAUUCGCUGGCUUUCUAUGACUGGGACAUUGCGAGUUUGGUCGCCAGGAUAGAAAUUACCCCCAAAUUAAUUAUAUGGGCGCCCAGCGGGGACCUUGUGGUCAUAGCAGCUGCUGAGAAGUUCUUUGUGCUCGAAUACUACCAUGAGGUCGUAACUGCCCACGUGGAGCAAGGUUUACCCAUUCCUGAGGAAGGGAUCCUCGAAGCGUUUCAAGUGAUUGGAGAGUUGACCUCGGGCGUCCAAAGCGGCGUUUGGGCGGGGGACUGUUUUGUUUACGUCGAUGCCAAGCAGUGCCUCAACUAUUUUGUUGGCAGGAAUGACAAGUGCGAGUUGGUAACUGUGCAGCAUCUUCCGAAGCCAAUGCGCUUGUUGGGGUACCUCCCGAAGGAGAGCCGCCUUUACUUGGCCGACAAGGACUUUGCUGUUGUAAGCUACCAUCUGGACAUUGUGGUUAUGGAGUAUCAGACGCGUGUUCUGCGAGGAGAGAUAGACAGCGCAACCGAGCUAUUACCGAAGAUACACGAGGAUCAGCGCUUGAAAAUCGCCCACUUUCUAGAGAAACAGGGAUACCUUCAACAGGCAUUUCAGCUGACCGGAGAUCCGGACCAUCAGUUUUCUCUGGCGCUCUCGUUAAAUAAUCUGGACGCUGCACUAGAUAUAGCGCGAAGACAGGAUAAAGAAGCACAGUGGAGAAAAUUAGGCGACGCUGCCAUGCGCCUUUGGAACUUCGAUGUUGCCAAAGACUGUCUGCAGAAGGCUGGGGAUUACAGUGGUUUGCUCCUUCUUUAUUCCGCCGCUGGAGAUGCCCGAGGAAUUGCUCAGUUGGCCCAAACCGCACGCGACACCUCAAAAAACAACGUAGCCUUCAUAUGUUAUUUUUUACUCCAACGGCUGGAUGACUGCCUGCAGCUUUUGUUGGACACUGACAGGAUCCCGGAAGCCGCCCUUUUUGCGCGUUCCUACGCACCCAGUAAGGUUUCUGAUAUUACAAGGCUUUGGAGGGAGCGCCUUCAAGCGGGAAAUUCGAAAACAGCUUAUUUAAUUGCCGACCCGAAGGAAUACAGUAACCUGUUCCCUGAUUGGAGCUGGGCGCUGGAAGCUGAACAACGCCUUCGAGCUGAAGGGGGCGCGUGGUCAGUCCCAGCAAACUUGUACGAGAAAUUUUGCCAAAAUCCCUUGCGAGAUCUUGUCGCGGUGCUGAAGGCGGAACAAAGCGCCAGGAGUCUCGCAGAAACCUUAGAAUCUUCAGGGGACCAGAAGAGCCCAGAAGGCCACGUGCAUUAUACGGAAUAGUUUCUUUAACAACGUGGGGAAAAAGCAUUAUACUCGAAUCCAUAAUAAACUUUAUUAACUCC